UCGCUUUGCAGUGAAGAUUCAGAGAGCCAAACAAUCAAGCGACAAGGCGUUCAAACCAAAACUUACCAACUCGUCGUUCAAAGAGCUACCAACAUGGUCAAGUCAAACAUAAAAUGCGAUGAUUCCGUCCAGCCUACAUUUUUCAAAAUGACCAAAGGGAAAAAGGAAYACAGGUACAUCAUCUUCAAAAUUGAGAACAACCAAGUUGUCGUCGAUAAAACUGGAGAUCGUGACAAAACUUUCCAAGACAUGAUAAAUGAUCUUCCCGCCGAGGAUGCUGCUCGAUAUGUCGUCUUCGACCUAACUUAUCACACAAAAAGUGAGAAUCAGCUUCGAGAGAAGAUCGUCUUUCUGAGUUAUUGUCCAAGCGGUACUGAAACAAGAGAGAAAAUGCUCCAUGGAAGCACAGCUCUAGAGCUGAAGGAAAAGCUUGGAAGUUCGUUCAUCCACUUGUCGAAGCAAUGUGAUGAUCUUGGUGAMAUGAACGAGGAAGAAAUCAAGGAAGAAAUGGCCAACAAAGGGUAGACUUUGUAUAAAUGUGUGCAUGCAUGUGAGCUUGUAAUGUAAUGAACAUUUUCUUGCCUUAGAGUUUUACAGUAUAGACUAGAUCAUUUGCAAAGUGAUAAUUACCACAAAAACUUAAAGUAGUUUGCACUGAUAUGGCCUAUAUUAUCCAUGAAAAUAUUGUGAUCCACUGCCUAUUGCUUUUGUGUUAGACAUUGAAGUACUUUAUGACAAUGUGUAUUAAGUUAAGCAUUUAUUUUUUUUUCCUUCUGAUCUUUAUUGUUGUAUUCAUCGAGUCUCGGAUUUUAUAUAUAUUUGUGAUAAUUAAAUAAAGGUAAUGUUGUGUAUUAAAA